UGUGGAAAUAAAUGUUCGGGAUAAAUGGGACAGUACCCCUUUCCAGGUGCCCCCUUGUCUAGCCACUGAGGUAGUGGAUAUAAUAAUCUGAAUGGGACGUGCUAUGGAAAUGCCAGAAGAAUCCCAAGGCAGACAAUGGAUCACUGCCUCCCCCUCUGGAGUGUGGUGUGGUGACUGAUUUAGAGGUGUACAGGAACUCUGCAUAAUAGUGUGGGACAGGCAGUGAAGAAUCCCACGUUCACUAUUGAAGUCUGGUGGGAGCUCUAUGCACAUAAUACGCUGAUUCCAAAGUGCCUUGAAACAUCUGCAAUGUGUUCUGAAGACUGAAUAUCUUCCAGAAGGCUUGUACAAAAAUUAAGCAGUAAAGAUUAAGGAGGUGGUGGUGUUUGAGUGCCAAAAGUGUGAGAGGCUCAUGAUCUCAGUUGGUCUCCAGGCACUCCCGUAAUAAACAUGAGUCCCUGAAAGUUUACAAUCCAAAUAGGCAACAUAUAGACAAAGGAAGGGAGAUGGGAUGCAAUAAGAAUGAAAGUGAGUUGAGGCUAAGCAUGUGUCUUGUUCCAUGACUGUUUAGGACUAUUUUUGGAUGCUUUUCUGAAAGCAGGAUGAAGAUUUACAGGCCUCCUGGCAGAAGUGUGUUUGCAGAGGGAUUCCAAGGAGAAGAGCAGAGGCAUGGUAGACAGGGCAUAGAAGAUGAUGUAGAGAUAAGCAUGGGUGAAAUAGUGGGAGUGCGUAGUCUAGUGAUUAUUGGGAAUUAGGAGUCAAGACUUAGGAGUUUAAUUUCCAGCUCUGUUACUGACUUGCUGUGUGACCUUGGGUAAGUCAUUUCCUGUCUCUCUUGCUUUCCUGAUGGAAAAGUCCUCUAGAAUUCAAUAGGGACCAAACCACCAAUAGGGUUCUAAAAUGACUGUAAGAUCUGUAGAACUGAAUAGAGACGGAGAUCUCUUCAAUAGCUUUUUGGAUAGUUCAAAACACCUAUAUAAAUGUUCUCAUGUCUAUAGGCCAGUUUUAUCUGCCUGUAAAAGAGGGAUAAUACCUACUACAUUGAGGGGUUAUAGUCUUAAUUGAUAUUUAUAGUGCAGUUUGAGAUCUUCAACUGAAAGGUGCAAGAGAAGCAUAAAAUACUUGGGUUGUGGAAAGAUGCCAAAAGGAAAAUAAAUCCAUCCUAAAAGGGAAUUGGGAACAUUGGUUUACUGUACAUCUGACAUAUGGGGUUGAGCCUACAGCAUUCUAUGUGUGCAAUAAUGAAUGUGCCUGCUGAAGAAGCAGGAGUGUGCUUGGGGCAGCAGGGCAUGGAAUUGCUGGGUGCACAUGAAAUAAACUAAUGAAUCAAGUUUGGCAACCUAGAGGCAUUACGAGGGGCUGAGUCAGGGUUUGGACCCUGAGGUCCCCUGGCAGGCCAAGAGGACCUGAGUGUGCUGACAACAGAAGGCAGAACCUGCCCAUCCUCUUUAUAUGGAGGGGGCACCUUGGGUCAUUCCUGAGCAAUCUCCUUAAACUCCAAGAGAGGACCAUUGUUUAGCCCCAGAAGGAGCCAUAAGCAUCCCACCACUGAUGGAAGGACAGAUACUAUGCUUGUCUCUGUGGACACGAGGAGCUUGUAUCCUAUCUUCUAGCCAGUGGUGCAAAAUGUGAAGCAAACACUUUUGAUGGGGAGCGUUGUUUGUACGGGGCUUUGAGUGAUGCCAUCCGACGUGUGUUGAAGGAAUACAAGCAAAUCACAGCGAAGUGCAUGAAGAGAGAUUAUUACGAUGUCUUCUUGCAGCGGCUUCUGGAACAGGGUUACCAAAGCGACAUUGUCUUCAUUGUCCAUGGGAAAUCCUUCUGUGCCCACCGCUGCAUCCUUAGUGCCCGCAGCGUAUACUUUGCAGAAAUGUUUGAGACCAAGUGGAAAGGGAAGAACAUGAUCGCAUUAAAGCACCCACUGAUCAACCCAGCGGCCUUUGGCUCCCUCCUGCAGUAUCUUUACACAGGUCGUCUAGACAUUGAUGUAGAAUAUGUGAAUGAUUGCAAGAGACUAGCCAAGCAGUGUCGGCUUCAGGAUCUCAUCGAGGAUUUGGAGAUCAAGUGUAAAAAGGUCUAUGAAUUUGUCUCUUCCAAGCCAGGGACCUGUGUGAAAGUGCUGACGAUUGAGCCCCCAGGUAACUGUCGGCUGCAGGAGGAUCUGGCUCUACUAGCAGACUGCGCCCUGCCGGCUGAACUGCGGGUGGGUUUUGGGGAGUUGCCAUUUGACAGCACUGACAACUUUAGCAGCUGUCCUGAUGUGUGUUUUCGAGUGGCAGAUUACAACUUUUUAUGCCAUAAGGCAUUUUUCUGUGGCCGCAGUGAUUACUUCAAAGCCCUUCUUGAGGAUCAUUUCAGUGAGAGUGAGGAGCUGCAGACUCAGCCCACCAUCCCUGUGGUGACCCUUCAUAACAUCUCAGAAGACAUCUUCAUCAGGGUCCUCUACUACAUCUAUAGCGAUGACACUGAGCUGUCCCCAGAGAAUGCUUAUGACGUGCUGUGUGUAGCAGACAUGUACCUGUUGCCGGGGCUCAAACGCUUGUGCGGGAGAACCUUGGCUCAGAUACUUGAUGAGGACAAUGUUGUCAACAUCUGGAGGAUUGCGAAGCUGUUCCAGCUGACGCGCCUGGAGGACCAGUGCACGGAGUACAUGGCAAAGAUCAUUGAGAAGCUGGUGGAGUUGGAGGAGUUUGCGGCUGCGGUGAAGGAGAAUGCUGAGGCAGUGGAGGAACGGCAGGAGACCGAUUCCAUCCCCCUGGUGGACGACAUCCGCUUCCACAUCACCAGCAAUGUGCAGACUUACAGUGCCAUCGAGGAGGCCAACCAGAAACUAGAGGCACUGGAAAACCUCCUGGCCAGUAUAGGGCUCGAGUGCUGAAGUCUGUAAAUCCUGCUGUUGGAUGCAGAGAGCAGCCGGUGUGACCUCCAGUGGGUUGCCUCUGAGUGCAAGAACAUAUGAGUCUUAGUCAAAUGACUUUUUUCUUUUUUUCUCUCCUCCUACCCACCACCUCCCCCUUCCCCCCCCCCCCCCCCAGCAUGGUUUCCUUUUAAUUCAUUCAUGGCUGGACACUCACAUGUUUUGUUUUUUUCCUUCCGUUAAUAGGAUCCCAAAGUACAGACCAGUUUGAUAGUUACUGCUUGUACGAUAUAGCACUGAGAGGGAACUGCCAACCACGUGGCUAAUGGAGCUCUAUUAAUGGACUCCAUGACAUCUGGCCCCAGGAGCUGCCCCACCGUCUCAGCCAGCAAUGCAUUUCUGAAACUGGUUCAAACCAGGGUUCUUGUGUAGUGAUCAAGGGAACAAAAAUGGAUUAUGCUGAGUGUAAAGGAAUCUAUUAGAAUUAAACUGGCUGGUCUUUCGCUGUCAGGAUUAUGGGGAGUUAGCGGAGAGGAUGGCAUGUUAAUGGGGCACAGGAAUUUAGCCUUAUAGAGGCGCUAGCUGACUUCACCUGCUCUUCCUGUUUCUCAGUCACAAACUACUGGGAUCCUCCAAGCAUUGGCACUUGGAUUUACACCCUCCGUGUAGUAUGGAAGUUUAGGUUUUAAAUCCAUAUUCUGACAGAUUGUGACAGUGUAUCCUUGAUCAGGGGGACAUGACUAAAUUGAAUGAUUUCUUUUCUGGAUACUUUGUUUAAAGCAUGUCCCAAAUAUAAACCUGUAGAAAUACAUUCGAGAGCAGCAGGAGAGAGACCCAGUCUGCUAAAGAGCCAGUGACUUUUCAAAGGCACUGAUGCAGAGGUACUGCCCUUGUCUCGCUCGAACAGGGGAGCAGCUCCUGUCCUCUGAGUUGCCACUUAUUCUUUUUUUGGCCUGUUGUGUCAGGAUGAAGGAGAGACUUAUCAAAGUUUAAGGGUGGGUUACAAGGAAAAGGGAGCUUUACAAGGCCUGUCGCAGUUCAUCUGUCCUGAUCUUUCGUCUUCUGACUUUACUCCGGCUUAAAAACCUUGAGUUCCUUGUUCUUCAAGAAGCUAAUUGUUCAUCCUUGCAAAUGUGUUUGGGGAUUCUUCCUCUGCCAUAGAUAUCAUUAUCUUUAGAAAUCUGGUUUCUCUUGGCUUUUAGAGAGGGAUGGUGCUGGUCUUUCCCUCUUUUCUCAACAUCAAUCAGCAGUUGCACUAAGUACAUCUCAUCAUAUGGACUAGUUCUCCGAGCCCUGCUCCCAUGCCGUUACAGCCCUUUCCUGUUACAACCCAUCCUGUCUCACUAGAUGUCCCUCUUUAGUGUUGCCCUGUUUCUAGAUACCCUCAGAGGUGGAAGUGUAGCAAGAGUUUUACUUGUCGCUCUGUUUUGUGUGACAGCAUGGCUGGAAGUUGCAAUUUUACACGAUGUUAGGGUUAUGAAAUGACUUCAGGUUGGAUUCAGUGGUCCUGUGUGCUGAUACUGGGUGAUACUCCAAAGAGACAUUAUUGCCAGAGUACAGGCAAUUACAUCCUCCCUUUGUUAACUUGUGAGUGAGGUCAGGCUAUUUUCUUGGUGUUGGCUAGAGAGAGGAAGGGGAUCUACGGUCACAAAAUCUUGCGUGCACCCAGAUUUUAUUCUUUCUUCAUAAAUCUCCUGUCUCUUGUCACAAGGAUACACUAUGGUUGCUAGAUUUUCUAGAGUUGUCAUCAGAGUCCCAAGGAUUCCCUGUCAGGUUUUCCCAGAGAGCAAAGCAUGGAGACUUAACUGCUCUUACCCUUUAGAGAGUCAUAGGAAGCGCGUGGCUUAAUGGUGGGAGACAGAGGAAGUAUCAUAAUGUUGGAAAUUUAAUGCUGCCAAGGACUUUGAGUGUUCUGUGUUACUAAGUCUCCUCAGAAUUAUGUACUACAUGAGAGUUGAUUUGUCAGGGGAAGGGAAGUGGAUUCUUUCUGCAGUACUUGGGGCCUGGGAGGGAGAAAAUUGGGCUGUAUUAGUUGCAUGAGGAAUCCUAUCAAAAUGUUGGUGCUGCUGUCACUGGUGGAUGUUGCUGUUUACAGUAACUGCAUGAUGUAGGGGUUUCAAACCACACCCCAGUGACUUGUGCUAUCCUGUGUUGCCCCUGUGCAUUGUUCAUGCAGAUAGGUGAUCUGGGUCCCCAACAGCUCCUCUGACCAUGCUUUUGGUAGCGUUUUUUCAACAUAACCAAGGGAAAGGAUUUAAGUUCCCCUGUAUGGCAAGGACUGUGUUAUGUGGGCUUUAUGUUGUCCUUUCCCAUCUGCUAGCCUGGCUUCCGAAGUGGCUUGGACAGCUAAUGAAAUUGCAUAUGAUUGUCUUGGUUUAGUUAUGAUUAUGAAGUUGCUACAUAGUUUGGCUAAGACUCCAAAAGGCUCAGUGUGGGUAGAGUAGUGGGUAUUGCCGGCAGGGUUGAGCUGUAUCAGCAGAGUUGUGCGUGGAAGCCCAAGAAUAGACUAGCAGGUCAGGACUGAGAUGCGUUGUCAGAGCCGAGAGUUUUCAGCUAUGUACUGGCUCUCCCAGCCUCCAGAGGAUUCUUCUUAUCCAUAUUUAUGUGGCUUCUCCUGCAGACGAGGCAUCUUUGGGGAAGAGGGUGUCUCUGGAAGGGGUUGAGCUAUUCGAGCAGGAUCUGCCUCUAUUUCUGUUAGAAAUUCCUUUGGGGAAACAGGUGAGUUUUCUGGCUUGCUUUUUGCAGGCAGGUGCCAGCAUCUUGGUUCCAUAGUGUGCAUGCCUGGUCCUGUAUCAGAAUAGUGACAUGGAAAGAGGAACUGUAUGUUCUGCUCCUUAAAUGUGUGUAUUUUAGAACACCUUAGGUCUGUGUACUUCUGUAUCCAUCUACAGAGCACAGAUUAGCAUUGGCUGAAGGACAGAACGACAGGACAAUGAAGUUCUUAGAGCCAAAAGUAACCUGCAGCUGGUGAAGCGUGUUUCAAUUUAAGAUGUGGGGGGAAGGGCUGGUUAGACUAAUGCUAAAUCCCUUGUAUUUUGUGUCAGGGGAAGGAGUGAGUGUUGUCUCACCCUCUGAGAUGUAAGCUCUUUAAAGAUCCCGCAAAACCUGUUAUUCAGAAACAACCUUCUAGCUAAACUGGUAUGAUUCACCUGCCUUUCUCUUCCCUUUAUUACUAAAUAUGACUUUGUAUAUAAGCACGAGGCUCAGGUUUUUAUCACCUCUUCUCUGCUCCUGCAGUAUACAUUUCUCAAUCACUCUGCUUGCAACACAACCUUCCUUUUCACAGCAACUGUUGUGACAUCCCCCCCUUCCACCCAGAAGACUACGGGCCACCAAUUUAGAUGGAUUUACACCAGCAGUGAAUUUGGCCUUUGCCCUCAAAGCAUGGUGUGUGUUGGAAGUAAGAUUCAGGAGCAGGACUGUUGAGAAAAACACUAUCCUUUUUCCAUGCAGGUAUCUUAACUCUUAAAGUAAAAAGGAGAGUGGUACAAAAAUGGGUGAAAUGGCAGCCACACAGUUUGUAAGUAUUUUCCAUGCAGCUCUUCUUAAAUGUGUCCAUUCCUGUCCCUUUAAGCAGGGAACCACUUAGAAGUUGUAAUUUGUGGGAUUAAAGGUCAAUGUGGCCUUUUUAUUUUCCUCCCUGGUAAUGCAGUUUUGUUAAAUGUGCUGGAUGAAUUCGGAACACCUUGUCUGUCCAGCUGUACAUAGUGGCUAAAUCUCUGAACUAAACUGGAUUGUCCAAUUACUGAGUAUCUAGGGCUCCUUCAUCUGUCUGAAAAACAGAUAAGCAGGUGGUUAACAUACAGAACAAGCUCCUUAAUUGUAAAAUAAAUAAACUGGUUUGUAACAUGUGUUGAACUCACUUUAGUGUUGCAAAUAAUUUUAUUGCAAGAUGAAAAAUUAGGAUUUCUCUUCUGUUAGUCUUUUUUUGUGUUCUGUUCUGCUAUCCCCAUCCUCUUAAUUUACGAUUAGCACUUUCUUGAAAUAAGAAAAUUGUAAAGUUUAUCAGAGCAGCAAUAUAUUAUAAUAAUAUUUAAAAAUGUAAUGUGUGAGCAUGUGUGCAGCAAUAAAAAAAAUGUAUAUUUCACUA